AUGGAUAACUGUGAAUUGAUUUUAAAUUUUGUAACCCAAGGACCAACAGUUGGUAAUCAGAGUAUUAGAUCAAAACUUAAGGAAGUACGCGGAAGCUGGAAAGAAAAAAAUAGAGUUCGUAGGUCUUUGAAAAAAGAGAUUAAGAAAAAUUCUCGGAGUAAUGAUGCAUCUCUUAUAUCCAUUAACGUCGAGGCAAGAAGCAAGACUAAUGUUCCAGAAAAGCAAAACGUUAAAAAACAAUCUAAUCAAUCUAAUAAAUAUUCAAAUAAUGGUGGUAACGAAACACUUAAUCAAUUUAAUAACCAUUUAAAUUUAAAUAUCGAUUCAAAUAAUAAGACACAAAUAAUAUCAUCAAUUUUCACAUGUAAUCCUGAAAUUGUUGAUAUUCAUGAAAACAAAAUAUCAAAAAGAAAUACUGCACAUCAUAAACCAAGCAAUGCUCCAAUUAAUGACAUUUCAUUUACUGGCAUGGGCUUGAAUGUUGACCUGGUCACCAACGUGAAAGAUAAGCUUGGAGUCGAAAAGCCAACCAAUGCCCAAAAGAAAGUCAUCCCAAUUUUAUUAUCUUCAAUUCAAAAUAAUGAUGACACUGGUAAUAAAGAUAUAGACAUUGUCUUACAAGCAGAAACCGGUUCCGGUAAAACUCUAGCAUACUUGCUACCAAUCGUACAUCGCUUGAUUCGUAUCACUACAGACCUUCAGAAUGCCAAUCCGAAAACAAGAUCACCCUUAUCACGUUCUAUUGGCACGCUUGCUAUAAUUUUAACUCCUACACGAGAAUUGGCGAAACAAAUUCUUUCAGUUCUAGAGUCUUUACUAAAUCUACCACCAUCAAGACUUAGUGAUCGGCAUCUGACUCAUUGGAUAGUUCCUGGCUCCGUUAUAGGUGGUGAAAAAAAACAAUCAGAGAAAGCAAGGCUUCGUAAGGGGAUAAAUAUUUUAGUCUGUACACCUGGUAGAUUAUUAGAUCACCUAUCAAGUACAAAAUCAUUUGUUGUAGAACAUUUGCAUUGGCUAGUACUCGAUGAAGCCGAUCGUCUUUUGGAAUUAGGAUUCGAAGAAACUCUUCAAAAAAUUUUGAACCUUUUAAAUGACCGAACAGAAAGCAUGAAUAAAUUAAAAAAUAAUUUAUUCUCUUCUCCAAUGUGGCCAAAAAAACGUCAGACUAUUCUUUGCUCAGCUACGCUCAAAGAUGAUGUUAAACGAUUAGUUGGUUAUAGUUUAAGUAAUCCUGUAUAUGUUAGAGGAAAUGAUGAUUAUAAAGGACAAAUAUAUUCAACUCCCAAUCAGUUGAAGCAGACUUAUGUAAUAGCUCCUGCAAAAUUACGACUAGUAACUUUGACUGCAAUCUUGAAAUCAAUAUUCGAUGUUGAAAAAAAUGAAAGUGCAAUGAAUCAUAAGGUGAUUGUUUUUUUUUCAUGCUGUGACACUGUAGAUUUUCACUUCGAUUUGUUUGUAAAUUCUGGAAAUUUUCAUAAAGAUAAGAUAAGUAAUAUUUCUGAAAAUGAUACUGAAUGGAAUAUGGACAUUGAUGAAGAAUAUCAUGAUGAAUCAAAUUCCAAACCGAAGGAACUACGCUCUUUGAGCACAGUGGUUCCAAAAGUAAGGCUUUUUAAAUUACAUGGUGAUUUAUUACAACGAGAUCGUACAACGACAUUUGAUGAAUUCAGCAAGUCAAAAUCUGGAAUACUGUUUUGCACGGAUGUUGCUGCGCGUGGUUUAGAUCUUCCUAACGUAGCAAAAAUCAUUCAAUAUGAUCCACCAUCAGAUUUAAAGGAUUAUGUUCAUCGUGUUGGAAGAACCGCAAGAUUAGGAAAAAAAGGAGAUGCUAUAUUGUUUUUGUUACCAAGUGAGAUCGAGUAUAUUCAUGUAUUAAGAUCGCAUGAGAUAUAUGCUGAACCGGUCCAAGUAGAAACAUUAUUGGAAAACCUUGCGCCAAUAAAUGAAAAUAAGGAUUAUAAAGUAACAGCUACUGAUAUCCAGUUAGGAUUUGAAAAAUAUGUUUAUUCCGAUACCAAGUGCAUUACAUUAGCACGAAAAGCUUAUUCGUCAUUUAUACGUUCGUAUGCUACACACUCAGCAUCAGAAAAACAUAUUUUCCAUGUAAAAAAAUUGCAUCUUGGUCAUGUUGCAAAGGGUUUUGGGCUCCGAGAAGCGCCAUCAAAUAUUAAUUCCAAAACUGACCUUAAUUCAUCUAACAGUAAAAAUAUGACGAAAAUGAUGAAAAGUGAAAAGAGGUUGGACGCUAAACUAAGAAAUUUAUCGUUGAAAAGGAUAGCAGAGGAGGAUGUGAAUAAUGAAUUCUCCAUUGGAAGUUAUAGUUCUCUGUUGGGUCCUACUACAAAACGGAAAAGAAAGAAUGAUCAAAUUAAGUAA